AGUACUACACAUCACAUCACAACUCGCGACGCUAUAAUAUUUGAGGUCGCUUAAUUUGUGACUGUAAACGAGAUAUAAAAUACACUACAACAAUGUGAAAGUGUUAAAAAUGAUUAAAUUAUAGCAGUAGCGCUUUUUAUGUUUUACUUCCUUCGUUUCCAUAUUCGUUAUUUCAUGUUUUCUUUACAAGUAAUUAUUAGUCGUAUUGUUACUGAAAAAAUUGUGUUAUGAUCAUAAUAAUGGCUUAUCGAGUUUUAUUAGUUCUUGUUCUUGCAAUUAUCAGUGUGAGUACUGAAGAAGAAACUUCUGCACCGAUGACUAAAGCUGAAAGAAUAAGUUUAAGAGAGGAGGCCCGGAAAAUGUUUUACCAUGCAUACAAUGCAUAUAUGGACAAUGCAUAUCCAGCAGAUGAGUUGAUGCCUCUCAGCUGCAAAGGGAGAUGGAAGGGCAUCACACCGAGUCGGGGUGACAUGGAUGACGCUCUUGGAAACUUUUCUCUGACGCUAGUGGACAGCUUGGACACGCUGGUGGUGAUGGGAGACUUCUCCGAGUUCAGCAGAGCCAUCAAACUUGUCAUCAAAGACGUCUCGUUCGACCACGACAUCGUAGUGUCCGUGUUCGAAACGAACAUCAGAGUGCUGGGGGGCCUGCUGUCCGCGCACGUGCUGGCAACGGCGCUAAAGCCGGAGGUGCCCGUGCUGCAGUGGUACGGCGGCGAGCUGCUGGCGCUAGCCGAAGACCUCGGACGCCGCUUACUGCCCGCCUUCAACACGUCCACGGGGAUCCCGCACGGAAGGGUGAACCUGCGGCACGGAGUGCGCUACCUACAGGAGUCGCGUGAGACGUGCACGGCGUGCGCGGGCACCAUGAUCCUGGAGAUGGCGGCGCUGUCGCGGCUUACCGGCCGCCCCGUCUACGAGCAGAAGGCCCACAAGGCCAUGGACAGGCUGUGGAAGAUCAGGCACAGGACUUCCGACCUAAUGGGCACGGUGAUAAACAUUCACUCCGGCGACUGGGUCCGCAAGGACUCCGGCGUGGGCGCCGGCAUCGACUCGUACUACGAGUACUGCCUCAAGGCAUACAUCCUGCUCGGCGACGAGAAGUACUUGGCCAGGUUCAACCGCCACUACAACGCCGUCAUGAAGUACAUCAGCAGGGGGCCCGUCAUGUUGGCCGUCCAUAUGCACAGGCCGCACCUCCAAUCCCGCAACUUCAUGGACGCACUGCUGGCGUUCUGGCCGGGGCUGCAGGUGCUGCUGGGCGACGUGCGGCCCGCCGUCGAGACGCACGAGAUGCUCUACCAGGUCAUGCAGCGCCAUACCUUCAUACCAGAAGCCUUCACCACCGACUUCCAGGUACACUGGGGGCAGCAUCCCCUCCGACCCGAGUUCCUCGAGUCCACAUACUUCCUCCACCGGGCCACCGAGGACGACCACUACCUACACGUGGGCAAGAUGGCCCUCAAAGCUUUACAGCAAUACACCAAAGUGCCUUGUGGCUACGCCGCAGUCAACGACGUCAGGACCCGAGUCCACGAGGACAGAAUGGACUCGUUCGUCCUAGCGGAGACCUUCAAGUAUCUAUACAUGCUGUUCGGUGAUGAUAAACAUAUGCCGGUCAAGAUGGAAGACUAUGUGCUAACGACGGAAGCGCAUUUCCUGCCGCUCUCCCUGGCCCAUGCGGGGAAAAACACUUCGUACUACAGCUUGAAAAUCGAUGACGAAGACGAGGACAAGUACAGAAAGACGUGUCCGAACACGGCUUCGCUGGUGGCGGAGAAGGUGCGGCAGCCGAUGCGGCAGUUGCUGGGCGCGUCUGCGGCGCGGCCGCCCGCGCGCCUGCGCCCGCUCAACGACCCGCGCCAGGUCCACGCGCUCGCCGACAUGGGCAUCUCCGUGCUCACGCUGCCCGAUGGCAGGGUGCAACUGCUCUACACGACCAAUACGGCCAAGUCAUCAAAAGAUGCAGCAGAAGGACUGACGUUUAUGCGCGAGAUGUCCAAGUGGAACUCCAUGAGCGAUGUAGAGAAUGGUGUGACACCAGUGGGUGUGGAAGUUCGCGGACGCGUGUUUCCUGCGGGCCCGGGUCACUUCGGGCGCGAGGUGCGCGACGCGCGCCUCUCCGGCACGCCCGCCCGCGCCUACCCGCUGGACGCCUGUACGCCGCUCGACAACGCCGCCAACCUUCAGGGCAAGUUUGCCGUCGCGCAACGGGGACACUGCACAUUCGCUCAGAAAGUCAGAAAUAUACAAAACGCGGGCGCCAAGCUCGCCAUUGUCGUGGACAACGUGCCCGACUCCACGCACACGGUCACCGCCAUGUUCGCUAUGUCCGGCGACGGCAAGGACGACAUCCAAAUACCGGCCGUGUUCCUCUUCACUCGGGAGGGCGACUACCUGUUGGACGCCAUGAGAGAGGACCCCGAUUUGAUCGUUACCGUUGGCGAGCUCAAGUCGCUCAAAAGACAGUACGAGAACACCUGCGAAGACGACAAUUGCGAGGCCGUUUUGGAAACAUCGAGCGGGCCGGCUGAGUCGGAAUCGUUUGAUCACCUCAAAAAAGUACUCAGCCAAUUAGUGGCGCAGUUUGAACUGUCUUUAUCGCACGAUGAGAGCGGCGGUACACAGGGGCAGCGCUGCGGCAACGAGGUGUUGGACCAGCCAUUUCAAAACGAUAAAGUGAUCAGUAACGAAGACCCUCCGGCUGUUCCUGUCGACAGAGAAAGAACAACCGACACGCCCGACACCGCCUCCGACGAUACGUUAAAAAUAAACACGGUCGCUACGCAUGUACAUAAACCUGACGAUCUUUGAUGGAGUCAAUAAUUAUAUCAAUUUGUAUAAAGUGAUGUAAAAAUAUUGUAUAUACUAUUUGUAAGAUUUAACAUAACGUCGACACAAUGAUCCGUUGACGUACAGUCACCUGCAAUAAUAUUAUGUUACUCUUCGAAGGCCGCAAAAAUAUGUGACACGCUCUUAUGGCUCUACGAAUAAGAUCGUGUCAGAUAUUUUUGCGGCCUUCGUUGUGUAACAUAUUAUUGCAGUGACUGUACCCCAAACAUAGUUUAAAGAAUAAAACAAAUAUGGUGGCGAAUAUGAUUUUAGUUCAAUGCAAAUAUGGGGAGGCAGUUUCUGUAUACCUACAAAUGUAUCCCGCUCGCUCGACUAAUCCGUUGCUUGAACGCAUCGGCAUUCCUUAUAAUCCCUCCUGGAUAUCUGAACACUCUUGUUUAUUUGUCAAUGAAAGGACGCAGAAUAAAGGUACAUAUGCAGUGUCUUAUUUGUUGAUUUUUAUUGGUACUGUGUUAUCUCUUUUCGUUUUUAACCUUAGAGAAGUAAGUGUGCCAACUCCAUACGGAGCUAAGAUUUAAGCGAGUUUUAAACUUACUAAUACAUAAUACGUUUUAUAAUUUUAUUAUUAUUAAAUAAGGAAGCUGAUGUAUGGAGUUAGCACUGGUGAGCACUAAGCUGACUUAUUUCUCUAUAGUUUAACUCCGUAUUUCCUCCAUGGGCAGCUUAAGAUCGCUUUACACCUGACGUUAGCAUUCGUUCCUAACUACCAAGUAUGCAGGAUGCUACACAAUAGAAGCUACUAGAAGGAAGAAUGCUACACGUAGGACAUACUUAUGUUAGUGGUCGUGCUAACUAGUCUGAGCGGUGUAAAAUUAGCGUAAAAUGUUUCUCCUGAACUUGAUAUAUUUAACAAUGUUUUAUUUAAUUGUACAAUAAAACCUUGUUCUUCUCGUCUGAUGUUA